CAGGAGGAGACCUUCAUUCACACUCAGGUACCUUGUUCUUCACAAUCUAUCCAAAUCCAUCUCAACUCCUGCCACCAUGACUCGUUACUUCUGCUGUGGAAGCUACUUCCCAGGCUAUCCUUCCUAUGGAACCAACUUCCACAGGACCUUCAGAGCCACCCCCCUGAACUCUGUCGUGCCUCUGGGCUCUCCCCUGAACUAUGGUUUUGGAUGCAAUGGCUAUAGCUCCCUGGGCUACAGCUUUGGUGGUAGCAACUUCAACGACCUGAGCGGUUGCUAUGGUGGCAGCUUUUACCGGCCGUGGGGCUCUGGCUCUGGCUUUGGCUACAGCACCUACUGAUGGAUCGAUGGCUCCAGCGACUACAGGACUCCCAAUCAGUUCUCUGUGAACAGAACAACCUGAAGAGCAAUGACUGUCUUCCUGCCUCCCAAUGUGCCUGGGUGAUAUGUCUUCCAUCUUCUU